AUGACGCAGCAGAUGCGGGACAUUCAGCUGGCCCAGGCCAGGAAGCCACCAGGACCCUCCUCCCCGAAUGCCGCCAAGAGGCUUUACCGCAAUCUCUCGGGGAAGUUCCGUGUUAACUACACUUCAUUUGAUGAGGGCAGCUUGCCAGGGAGGAGUGAGAAGGAGAAGCUACGCAAGACCUAUCUUUUUCAGAGCAAUGCGGCUCUCUUUGAAGCUGUUGAGCUGCAGGAUUUGGACAGAGUGCAGGAGCUGCUAAAACAGUACAGCCCAGAGGAGCUGGACCUUAACACCCCAAACAGCGAAGGGCUGCUGCCGCUGGAUAUCGCCAUCAUGACCAACAAUGCCCCCAUUGCCAGGAUGCUGCUGCAGGCCGGAGCCAAGGAGAGUCCACACUUCAUGAGCCUGGAGAGCCGCACCUUGCAUCUGGCGACGCUGGUGCGGGAGGCAGAGCAGCGAGUCAACGAGUUCACCGCACAGGUGGCAAAUGAGACGCCCAACACUGACUGCUCAGAGAAGGAGAAGCAGCUGAAGUCCUGGGAGUGGCGCUACCGGCUUUACAAGCGCAUGAAAGCUGGUUUUGAGCAUGCCUGUGCGCCGGACCCACCCGCUAAUGUGCACCUGUCUGUGGCCAGCAGCAGUUCUGUGCAGGUUACCUUCGGGGAGCCCCUAAGUAUCAACUCAGCCGUUGUCACCAAAUACAAAGUUGAGUGGAGCUGUUCCCCAACCUUCUCCCCUCCCCUCGGGGAGGUGGUGAUCGACAAACUAAAGAACCUGCACUUCACCAUCCGGGGGCUCAUGUCGGGCACGGCCUACUAUGUCCAGGUGUCGGCCUACAACAUGAAGGGCUGGGGACCCCCGCAAGCCUCAGUGCCACCUUUUGCUAUCCCCUCCAACUGGCGGGAAUAUGAUGGGAGAGCACCAAGGCGAAGGGGACAAGCCGAAGCCUUAGAUCACCUUCUCAGCCAGGUGAAGACUGUGCAUCAGCAUUGUGUCUGCCAUGAGUCCUGCAAGAACCAGCCCCAGAGCAGGAAGCACUCGGUCUCCAAAAGCCUGAAGCACCUUUUCCACCCUGGCAGCAAGUUCUUAAAGACUCUGAAAAGGGGCCUGUAUCUCACCUCCAUCUUCUACAAAGACGACAACAUCCUGGUGACGCACGAGGAUCAGAUCCCUGUGGUGGAGAUAGAUGACACCUACUCCUGUCUACUCAUGCAGGACUUCCUCUGGUUCACCAAGGUUGCCUGCAUGUGGGAUGAGAUCAUGUGGCUGCGUCAGUGUCUCACCGUCUCCCAGUCAUCCUGCUCCUGCAUCCUGCAGACGCGCUUCAAGAUACUGCUGGCCAUCUCACAAAUGCAGGGGCUGCUAGGAAUCCAGGACUUGGGACAGGUCUUCUUUGAGCCAAUCAAAGACAAGCAGGGCAACAUCUUGAUAGUGACACUGAAGGAGGUGAAAACCAACCAGACUUUUGAGAGCGUCCGCUGGGUCCCCCUUUCCAAGCUGCAGACAAGCCGCAAGUCCGUCUCCUCUCCAGAAGAGCCCACCUCUCUGGAUAUGCUGCUGAUGACAAUGCAGGACAAGCUGGCUUACCACCAGAGAAGCAGCCAAGCCCUCGCCCCAGGCCUCUACCUGGCCUAUCUGAAGCUCUGCAGUGCAGUAGACCAGAUCCGAGUGCUGGUGCCUGAACAGUUACCCAAUAUCCUUUGCCAUGUGAAAAUACGGACCAAUCCCAACAUCUCCAGGGAGGAGUGGGAGUGGCUACAGAACCUGGCCAAUUUGGAGGAACCAAGUCCCACUGAGCCAGAGUCUGAGACUUCCCAGAACCCCUGGUAUCAGGAGCUCCAAGGGGCCAUUAAGGAGCUGGUGAACCUGGUCAACAUCCCCCUGCGAGAGGCUAAAGAUUUCCGUCUGUACAGUCAGGAGGUGCUAGACUUCGGGGGACAAGUCUCCUUUCUCCUGCUGCUUCCUCCAUCUGAUGACGUCUGCACUGCCCCGGGCCAGAACAGCCCCUACACCCCUCGCUCUGGCUUUCUCACGCUGCCUCUCCAGAUCUUUGAGCUAGUUCACUUCUUCACGUAUGACCGAGAGUUCAUCAGCCAGUAUUGCCAGGUGUCUGCGCUCCUGGAGCUGGAGUCUCUCCUUUCCCAGCAGAGCCUCAGGGAAGCCUUCUCAGAUGCUGAGCUCUCCACAGCUAAGCAGAGGCACCAGCAGGUUCAGGACUACAUACAGCAAAUGGAGGAGAUCUGGCGUGAGAUGCGCUGGAUGAUGGAUGCCUUGCAGCAUGCCCGGUACAAGCAGCCAUCUUGUGGCGUACCUCUCACCUGGUUCCUCAAUGAAUCCAGCGGUGCAAUGAAAGAGAAAACACAGUCCACGUCAUCGCAUCUGGACUACCUCCCCUCACCCACCCCAUCUCCAGAAACCAGCCGCAAGCUCAACUCUGCAGAUUCCCACGGGAUCUCGGAUGAGGAGGGCUCGUCGGAGGUGUUCCUGGCUACAGACAGCGACUAUGAUUCCAGCAGGGCCCAAAGCCCCAAGGAGCUGGACCUGGUUUACUCCUUGGGGCCUGAGUGCUGUGGCAGAAAAAUUGCCCGAACCUUGAGGGACAGUGCCCCUGAUGUCCUGCAGAGCCAUGAACUCAAAGCCCCACCGCUGCUCCCAGAGGAACCCCAGCCACCCCCAGAGCUGUAUGACAGCGACUUUGUCCUCCCUAGCCGGCAGAUUGAGCUCCUCCGCAUCACAGAGAAGCGUCAGGCCUACUGCGUCCGCACUAGCAGCUUGGAUUUCCCCAAGCCCCUCUUCCAGGUGGCCAGGAAGUCCUGUCCUGGCUCCGUCGAUAGCUCCCCGACAGAAACCAGGACGACGGGCCAGUGCAGCUUGCUCAGGCUGGACACUGGCUCAGCUUUCAGCCCCGAGCACAGCCAGGCUGUUGAAAGCUCUGAGCCUGUCUUCCGGACACGCUCAGUGGAGUGGACUCGCACCUUCCAGGAGCCACCGGAGCUGGGAUACAUAGCGAACCGAGGGAAGAAGCCAGGCUCAGCCACCUUACGGGUCUGUCCUCAGUAUGAAACCGGACUGUCCAACGAGACCAGCGUUAAGCUGCACGUCACCACCAAGAUGUCAGCAGAAGAGGUGGUGAAGCUGGUGGUGCUGGAGAUGAAUGAGGUCUCCCGGAAUGUGCUGGGCAACGUGGAUGCCUUCUGCUACAGCGAGGAUCAGCUGGAUCACUUUGGACUAGUGUUCGUGUCAGACGACACCGAGCAGUGGCUGCCUGACGACUUCUUACCCCUCUCUCUCCACAACGCCUGGCCUGAGGGGCGGUUCUAUGUCCGAAUCAAAGAGACAUCCCCUCUUUUGUUCCAGUAUGGGCCAGCAACCACAGUAUGA